AGUUUUGGAUCCAGAAUAACAAGCAUCCUCGGCCUCUAAUCUCCCCAAGAGAUCCAACGCGUACGGCAUCUAUCUGUGAAGUGUGUGAAGUCAGACGUCUGUCUGGCACAGAUGUGUGUUGAUGUGCUUCCAGCUGUUUGCGGGGGAAACAUGAUGUCUGGACCUAUGGUCAGGACUAGAGGCCCCGCCCUACAGCCUUUGAGAUCGUCACGCUUUUAAUUAGACCGGAUCUGACAAUUAACAGGAGGUCCGGUCGUCUCUCUCAGCCUUUUAAAAGGAGCCUGAAGUCAAACCUUCAGCAGAAUCCGGACGGAGGCUUCAACGAGUUUAAGAUUUACAGGAGGAUGGCUUCCACAAUACUUUGUGUUGUUUUGCUGGUCUGUGCACUCAGAUUUGGUGAUUCUCAGACGAGCUGCAAAGGACGGUGUGGCAUUGAAUACUACAGGGGCUACGCGUGCCAGUGUGACAACACCUGUCUGGCUUAUGGAGAGUGCUGCAAGGACUUUGAAUCUAAAUGCACCACAAGAGACUCAUGUCAGGGCCGGUGCGGGGAACCUUUCAAGAGAGGCCGGCUUUGUAACUGCGACGAAAGUUGUGUGGAAUACAAUCAGUGUUGUUCAGAUUACAAAUCACUCUGUGAAGCAGAAGAAAAAAUCUAUGGAGCUGCCAGUGAAACGGCACCAAUGAAGAGUAAUUCGUGUGAUAAUGUAAAUAAUAACAAACCCAAAGACCCGUAUCUGACUGAAGCGACCGAGCCGUCAUUCAUCGAGGGCAGCGAUCCAGAUGACUCUGUAACUCCUCUGUACGAUCCAGCAACAUAUUCACCGGAUACCGUCACUGAUGACGUGGACAAUCCAGAGUCAAGUCCAAUCCCAGAGAGCACCAGCGGCUACGAGCCCUCUACAGCUACAGACACGCCGGACGUCAUUCCUCAGACAGAAGAUGACAAGCUCUUCACACUUGAGCCCACUAGAGAAGUCCCAACGGAAAGUACAGAUGCCGUGGAUCUCACAGGUUCACCUCAGCCCACAGCAGCAGCCGACCUCGACUCCAGUCAGCCCACUUCUCCCAGCGUCCCGGAGCUGGAGAUCACGACCCAGGUUGAGCCGGAGUCUGUGGACGAUGUCACAACCGUCAGCACACUGGAGUUAGAAACCUCUGAGGUCACCACCAUCCCUGCCUCAUUAAUGCCGGACUCCACAGACACCCCACAGGAAACCACUCCCAACACCGAGAGCUUCUCAGACGAUGUCACGACAAGCCCCACUUCUCUAACUGCAGACCUCGAAGAUCCUUCCACCACUGUCCCUCCACCUGGGGAAGAGUUGGAUGCUGCAUCGACCGCCGCUCCCUUGUCCACAACUGCAGCGCAGGAUGACGCCACAAGCGUAACGGAGGCUGACCAGCCAGCCACCCCCGUACCAACCAGUCCCCAAAUAUCUGACCCUCCCUCCAAACCCCAGGACAAACCUAGUACAACCAGACCUGUCCCUGCUAAACCUGGGACAAAGCCUGCGGGUACGGCACAAACUGGGAAACCAGGUGACCAGAAAGAUUACCAAGCAGAUGACAGCAAUGACACGGACCUGUGCAGUGGGCGGCCGGUCGCCGGAGUCACCGCACUGAGGAACGGCACGGUUGUGGUGUUCAGAGGCCACUACUUCUGGUUACUGGACAGAAACAGAAUUCCAGGUCCGGCCCGGGUCAUCACAGAGGUGUGGGGCGUCCCUUCGCCCAUUGACACCGUCUUCACGCGCUGCAACUGCCAGGGAAAGACGUACAUUUUCAAGGGAAGUCGGUACUGGAGGUAUGAUAAUGACGUUUUGGACAGCGGCUUUCCCAAAGUCAUUCAAACAGGCUUUGGUGGACUACGUGGUCACAUCACAGCUGCCCUGUCUGUGCCUCAGUACCGGAGCAGGAGAGAGACCGUCUACUUCUUCAAGAGAGGUGGCACAGUCCAGAAAUAUUCAUAUCAGGAGGGGACCAGUCCAACAUGUGGUCAGAAAGCCAAGCAUGCCGUGUACACAAUCCGCACCCGAAUGGCUCGACAAGCAGUGUCAGUUUUGGAACCAGCCAUCAGCAUCCGGACGUCCUGGAGAGGCUUCCCCUCCACCAUCACGGCUGCCGUGUCCGUCCCCAGCAACAGGGAACCAGAGGGAUACAAAUACUACGUCUUCUCCAAAUCAAAGUCCUACAAUGUGAGGAUGGACAGCGGCCGCCCCGUCGUCCCUGCUCCUAAAGCCAACGCCCCACCUCAGGCCACUGACUUCAUCAAGUGUCCGAAGAAAAACUGAGAGAAAAACCAGAAGACGCCUUCCACAGGAACGUUAUUACAGUUUUUUAAGUUUAUUAUAUUUACCAUAAAACACACUGCUUCAGCAUGGACCGCAAUUACAAAAGGUACUUGUCAAGUACAUUUAAAAAGAACUUAAAGCAAACACAAAAAAAAUAAAAUAAAAUUAAACUACAAGCCUCAGAACAAGGGAACAUUGUUAAGACUUGAAUACGGAGUCUGAACAUUUUGAUUCGUUUGUGACGGGAACAUCCUGACGCACGUUGUCAAAUUUCCAGAUUAGUGCUUCAUCUCGCAAACCGCCUCCCGUGCAUCCCCCGAGAGGGGAAGGCUUGGCCUGUGGAAGUGGAAAAACAAUUUUUUUUUUUUUUUUAGAGAAGCCUGAUAACACAUGAUGCUUUGCACAUUAAGAUGAUUUUCAACGGUGUCACUAUUAGGAUUAGGACGUUUAUAUCUGCUGAAAGCACACUGCAUAUAUAUAUAUAUAUCUAUAUGUAAAGACUCAUCAGAGAAUUACAUUAAAGAACAACAUGAAAAAUGUGGUGUUAAGUGUGUUAAUAAAAUCUGUAACUUUUAUAUUUCAUUAUCAAUAAACACGUAGUGUAGCAACACUGUGUGCAACCCUGCAUUUUAUUGGGAUUUCAAUAAUAAUAAAAAAGUUACAAGGAAAUGUUG